AUGCUGAGCCAAAACUUGAGUAAAACAAAUAAACUCAUCGGAAUACCUCAUCAUCUUCAUCUUACUACCCGAAAGCAUCUGUAUCGAACUUUGAGACUUUCAAAAUCAUUUUCUAUCUCAACUAGGGCACGACCUGUACUUGAACAGCUAUCGAUCUUACCAACAUCUCAAGAUCCGUUACCAGGACUUUAUGACGGAAAAUGGAAACAAGGUCAUGGAGAAAUAUUAACUCCGUGUGAUCCUGCAGAUGGUAAACCAAUAGGACCAACCAUUUCAUCACCCAAUGCAACCGAAACAACUGCCACAGUCUUAGCCGCUCGUCAAGCAGCCUUAGAAUGGAGAAAAGUACCUGGUCCAAAACGUGGUGAAAUUUUAAAAGAAAUUAAUGCAAAGCUGACGGAAAAGAAAGAACUUUUAGCUUCACUUAUUACGAUUGAGAUGGGGAAAAUCAAAGCCGAAAGUUUAGGUGAAGUAGAGGAAGCGAUACAAAUUUUUGAUUAUGCGUUGGGUCUUAGUAGAAUGUUUGGUGGAAAGGUGAUUUCUAGUGAACGAAAGGGUCAUGUGAUUCAAGAGAUUCCGAAUCCAUUAGGUUUAGUAGGAGUUAUUUCAGCUUUCAAUUUUCCUUGUGCGGUUUAUGGUUGGAAUUUCGGUCUUUCCUUCAUUACUGGCAAUUCAACUAUUUGGAAGCCCUCGCCCUCAACUCCACUAACCGCAAUGGCUAUGACCAAGAUCAUUACAGAAGUUAUCGAAUCACAUGGUUUACCAGGGGCUAUCGCGGCCUUGGUUUGCGGUGGGAAUUCCGUUGGCCAAACACUCGUUAACGAUAAAGGUGUUGAUCUUGUUAGCUUUACUGGGAGUGAAAGAGUAGGCAAGGAGGUGGGUCAACAAGUGCAAGCUAGGUUUGGAAAGACAUUAUUGGAGCUUGGUGGGAAUAACGCGCUGGUGGUGAUGCCGAGUGCCUCAAUGGACCUUGCAUUACGUGCUACUGUGUUCGGUGCAGUAGGCACCGCCGGCCAAAGGUGUACAACUACUCGUCGUCUAUUUUUACAUGAGAGUAUUGCACCUCAGUUCACCAAAUCUCUUUUAGCUUCAUACGCUCAAAUCGCCACUCGCUCAGGUCACGGUCUUGAUUCAGGAACUUUGAUAUGUGCUCUACAUACUCCCGCAGCUGUGCAACAGCAUAUAGCUUGUAUUGAAGCUAGUAAGGCAGCAGGUGGUAAAGUACUGUUUGGUGGCGGCAAGUCAGCCAAGCAAUCAGGUUGGUUUGUAGAGCCAACAGUGAUUGAUUGGGGUACGGCUUUACGUCGAGCAGAAGAUGUACCUGAGAUCGUUUGUAAGGAGAGUUUUUCACCUGUAUUGCAUGUGGGUACAUUCAGUCGACUUGAAGAGGCGGUGGAGAUGACGAACUCGGUAGAUCAGGCUCUAAGCAGCUCUUUGUUUUCUAGAAAUGUGGGAGAUCUAUAUCACUGGACCGGUCCUGAAGGAUCUCGUUGUGGAAUAGUGAAUGUGAAUGCGGGAACAAGUGGUGCUGAGAUUGGAGCAGGAUUUGGUGGUAAUUUCCAUACCGGUUGGGGACGAGAAUCUGGUGGGGAUGCAUGGAAACAAUAUUGUCGUUGGUCUAGUUGUACAAUCAAUCAUUCGGAAGAGAUGCCUUUAGCACAGGGUAUCAACUUUGGUUAAAUCCAAUUGAUUGAGGUUUUAAAGUCUUUGACUGGUAUGAUCAUCUUGCAUCCUUUGGUCAUUUCUUGUACAGUACUAUCUGGUUUAUGUUUUCAGCGGUUGUAGUUUGUUUACAGUAUUGAAUCAACACCAUAAAGACACUUUUUCAUGUC